CCAAGAUGGCGGCCAAUGGGAAGUUAAACGGGGCGCCCUCAGUCAAGAUGGCGUCAGAGGCUUCGCGUAAGCCCCGCCUUCUGCCCGCUGAUUGGCGGAGCUGCCGCGGGGGAGGGGGAGCGGGACGGGGACGGCGGAGAAGAUGGAGGGCGAGCGGAAGGACGCGGCGCUGCUGGAGCUGCUCGAGGCGCUGCAUGAGCUGCACAGGGGACGCGAGCGGCUGCGCCUCAGCCUCGCGCAGGGCUGGCUCUCAUUGGCUCAGGCUCGGUACACUCUCGGCUCUUCCCGGGUUUCGUCUCUGCAGUUCGGAGCCCACAUGGAGCCGCGCGUCCGCGUCCGCGUCCGACAGGACCCGGGGAACCCCCCGACCUUCCAGGAGGUGACGGGGGAGAACCCCAAGAGCCCCACGGCCCGCGGGGGGGCGACGGGCUGUGUUUGCGGCGCUCUCCCCGCGGGGUCCCCUCGGGCGCCCCCCCGCGCCCCCCCCGACCCCCUCAACGCUUUUGGGGUUCUGCUGCCCCUCAGUCUGCGCAGAGCCCAGAGCUGCUUCCAGCACGGGGUGACGGCGGCGGUGGAGGUGGCGCAGCUCCAGGCGGCCGUGACGGCGGCGCUCGAGAGGUACCGCGGCCUGAGGGGAACCCCAAAACCCAACGGCAGUGGGGGGCACCGCGGGGACCCCAAUAACGAUGGGGGACAACGAGGGGACCCCAAUAACGGCAGUGGGGGACAACGAGGGGACCCCAAUGAUGGGGGACAACGAGGGGACCCCAACGAUGGGGGACACCAUGAGGACACCAAUGAUGGGGGACACCGUGGGGACCCCAAUGAUGGGGGACAACGAGGGGACCCCAAUAACGGCGGAGGACAACGAGGGGACCCCAACGAUGGGGGACACCAACGAGGGGACCCCAAUGAUGGGGGACAACGAGGGGACCCCAAUAACGAUGGGGGACAACGAGAGGACUCCAACAAUGAUGGGGGACAACGAGAGGACCCCAAUAAUGGGGGACAACGAGAGGACUCCAACAAUGAUGGGGGACACCAUGGGGACCCCAAUAACGACGGGGGACAACGAGGGGACCCCAAUAAUGGGGGACAACGAGGGGACACUAACGAUGGGGGACACCGUGAGGACACUAAUGAUGGGGGACACCAAGAAGACCCCAACAAUAAUGGGGGACACCAUGGGGACCCCAACAAUGGGGGACACCGAGGGGACCCCAAUGAUGGGGGACACCAUGAGGACAACUGGAGCCGAGAGGACAACCGCAGUGUGGAGGACACCGAGGUCCCAGGUGACACUGAGACCGUAGGGGACGGGAGGAGCUCAGGGGACACCAACGCCAUGAAGGACACCAAGAGCUCCGAGGACAUCAAAGCCACGGAGGACAUGGAGAACACCAAGACCUUGAAGGACACCAAAGCCAUGGAGACCACCACCACCAUGGAGGCCACCAAGACCUUGAAGGACACCAAAGCCAUGGAGAACACCACCACCAUGGAGGACAUCAAGACCUUGAAGGACAUGGAGGCCAUGGAGGACGUGAAGGCCAUGGAGGUCACCGAGACCUUUAAGGACAUCAAAGCCAUGGAGGCCCCCAAAGCUUUGGAGGAGAUGAAGGCCGUGGAGGCCCCGGAGGCCGUGGGGACGAUGGGGGACGCGGUGACGGCGCAAAGAGGACACUGAGGGCCCCAAUAAAGGCGCUGAAGCUCUCGGUGUCCCUCACAGCCACCGCGAGGUCACUGUGCUGUCCCUCGGCGGCCAUCUUGGCGGCCAUCGUGGUCUUUGGUGGCCAUCUUGGCGGCCAUCUUGGACGUCGGUGGCCAUCUUGGUGGCCAUGUUGGUCUUUGGCGGCCAUCUUGGCGGCCAUCUUGGC